AUGGCUUCAAUCAAAAAACGCUGCUCCCAAAACAAUGACGUACAGACUCAGCAACAGAAGAAAGUGAAGCCAGACAGCAGCAGCAAAAACAACAACAACAACAACAAUGGAGCUGAGCGGAAAGUUGAUUCCAACGGUGAUUUCUACUGGAGCCUUGCGCGGUCCCGUCGCCUCACCGUAUCGUCCUACAAAGGCCACACCAUGGUCAGUGUGAGAGAGUACUAUGAGAAAGAUGGCCAGGAACUUCCAGGCAAGAAGGGAAUCUCGCUGCCGUUGGAGCAAUUCAAUGCCCUUGUCCAGCUGCUGCCAGAUGUCGAAGCUGUCAUUAAGGAGAAGGGCGGAUCUUUAGAAAGGCCAAAGUACGCGGAAACGGGCGCCGCUGCGGACAGGGAAGGCAACGAGACGGCGGAGAGUGAGCCGGAGAAAGCUGGAGAGGAGUCUUGUCCCGGCUCCGACGAUGGCUCCGUAGAGGGUUAG